AUGGAACUUGUGUUUGACGAUGUCAAUAUCCGGGAUUACCGCGAUGUACAUCUCAAGGAUGCUUUGGCCCACGUCCUGAACAUUGGACGCACUCUGGCGCAAUGCUCAAAGAUGGGAUCCGUGUUAAUGGAUAGCUGGGCGCAAACCCAGCUCGUCAGGCUGGAUGUCCUAUUCAGGUGUCUUGACACUACCCAGUUUCACUUCUGGGUGGAAGAUGGGUUUCAGGCGGAUGUAAGUCAUGUAGAGCAUCUAUUGGAAUGUAUCGCGGAAUUUGCACAAGAUUGCCUCGACGCUGGUAGGUUGGGGUCUCAUCCUUGUACUCGGCACCUCGGUACUGACGGUGGUGUAGCUCGAACGGAGGCACAAGGGGAGAGAGAGCAGAUUGUCAAUGAGUGGGAUUGGGAAUUCGAGGGGGAGGAUGUCAGUCUGGUACAGAGGAAAGUUCCCCGUCUUGAGACCCAGAUGGUAAAACUUGAGCAGGCGAUCAUAGCGCUUGCCUUGAAGGUUCAUUGCAUGCGUACCCGCUGGCGCUGGUAG